UUGAGUUUAGGGCACAUUUCUGGUUUUGGUGGUUGUGAUAGAGGCCGCGAGGGAGAUCGCAGUCGUGGCGGUUGUAGUCUUCGUGGUCGUGGUGGACAUGGACGAGGACGUGAUGGUUCCCGCAUUUGUUCGCAUUAUGGUGGAACUAAUCACAAUGCUGAUUAUUGCUAAUAGAUCCAUGGUCGUCGUAUGUAUACCACUACUUCCGUUGCAUCCACAAUUGCUCCUGAGACAUAGUUUUCCACCCCGCAGCUGAGCAGUCUACUUCAGGGGAAUCUCUCAUCAUUUCUUAGGCUGCAUAUGAUGCCCUCAUGCGGCUUCACGCUCGUGAUAUUCCUGAGCCUUCUCACGCAACUUCAGCCCAGUCAGGUACUGCUCUUCUUGCGUCAUCCUCUCCUACCUCCUGGGUCAUAAGACUAUGGAGCUUCCUCCCAUAUGACUAAGACUACUAAAAAGCUUCGAAAGCCAAAGGCUUGGAAGCAUACUCAACCAAUAACUAGAACUGAGCUUAGACGGAUGCGUGAUGAGUUCUGGGACACGGCUCCUCACUAUGGUGGUCAGAAAGAGAUUUGGGAUGCACUUCGAGCUGCGGCUGAAGCAGAUUUGAACCUUGGACAAGCAAUAGUGGACAGUGCGGGUGUCAUUGUUACAAGUGCUGACAUGACAACAUGCUAUGAUGAAAGAGGUGCAAAAUAUGAACUACCAAAAUACGUUCUGAGUGAACCCACCAAUUUGAUUCGAGAUAGUUGACCAAGAUGAGAAGAAUCCAAGCCUUCAAUAAAAAAGACACGAAUGUAAAUCAUGUAAAUCACUUUCUUCUCCUUUCACAUCUAUACUGAAGUUAAGAGUUUCUGUUGCUUCAUACUUUCUUCAUCUGAAUUCCUUUGUUUCACCAAAGGCACUAGUAGAACAAGGAAAAGAAAAGAAAAGGAAAAAAAAAAAGAAAAAACAGCAUUCCUCUGCUUUUCUCAGCAUUCAGUUUUGCUGCUUUCAAGGGAUGGCAGCGCUCGCUAAUGAACUUUGCUUGUUUUGUUUUUGUUUUUUUAAAUGUUUUACCCUUCCUCGGAAGCAGAUUUAUGAUUUUUGAUGUUUGCAA